UUUAGCCAUGAUGAUGGCACCCAGAAUAUUUUCUUUACUUCAGUAUUUCACUCUCUUAUAUCUUUUCUCAGUUACUUUUGCUUCCACUGAUGAAGCAACUGCUCUCCUGAAAUGGAAAUCGACUUUCCAAAACCAGGAUAAUUCCUUAUUGGAUUCAUGGACACUAAGUUUUGCUAGUGCCAAGAAUUCUUCGGGCCUUGGAGAGCGAAGUUCUGAUGCAUGCGUGUGGACUGGUAUGGAGUUAUAUGCAUUGACGGUAGGGUAAACAUGUUGAAUGUUACAAAUGCUAGUAUUAUUGGUACACUCUAUGAUUUUCCAUUUUCAUCUCUCCAUUUUCUUGAAUAUGUUGAUCUUAGCAUGAAUCGGCUUUCUGGUACCAUCCCACCUGAGAUUGGUAAACUCACUAAUCUUGUCUAUCUUAACUUGUCGACUAAUCAGAUUUCAGGCACACUCCCACCACAAAUUGGCUCACUAACAAAUCUUGAGACCCUCUGCAUCUCUGACAAUCACCUAAAUGGUUCCAUUCCUGUAGAAAUAGGAAAACUUGUCAAUCUUGUUGAAGCUUGUCUUAAAAACAACCAGUUAACAGGUCAUAUUCCUUCGGAAAUAGGUAACUUGAUUAGUGCAAAAUUGUUCUAUGCUUCCUACAAUGAAUUAUCUGGUCCCAUUCCUGCUGAAAUAGGGAAAAUGAAGUCACUUGAACAUUUAAGCUUCCACACAAACAAUCUUUCUGGUCCAAUUCCAAAAAGUAUAGGUGAAUUAACUAAGCUCAAACGUCUAUACCUUUAUGCUAACCAACUUUUUGAUUCCAUUCCCAGAGAAUUGGGAAAUCUGAAAGAUCUUACUUAUUUGGGAUUAUACAAAAAUCAUCUUAGUGGUUCAAUUCCCCGUUCAUUUGGCAAUUUGAGAAACUUGCAAACUUUGAAUCUUCGCGACAACAAACUUUCUGGUUCCAUUCCAAAAGAAAUUGCAUAUCUGGAUAACUUGGUUAGGCUAUCAAUGGGUGAUAAUCAGUUCUCAGGCCAUCUGCCAGAGCAUAUUUUCCAAGGCGGGAAACUUGUGAACUUAUCGAUGUAUAGUAACAAGCUAACGGGGCCAAUACCAAGCAGCUUGAGGAAGUGCUUGAGUUUAAAGAGGAUUCGCUUUGAUAACAAUAGUUUCACAGGCAAUUUAUCUGAAGCUUUUGGUAUCCAUCCAGAGCUUCAUUUCAUUGAUUUAAGUGACAAUGAUUUUCAUGGUGAACUAGGCAGCAAUUGGGGGAAAUGCAAGAAAUUAACUGACCUGCGGAUAGCUAGAAAUAACAUUAGUGGUAGCAUACCUCCAGAGAUUGCCAACCUCAAAAGGCUUCAGGGACUUGAUCUUUCAUCAAAUCAUUUGGUUGGGCAAAUUCCUAAGGAAUUCGGAAAAUUGACCACUCUAGUUAAAUUUUCUGUGUUGAAAAACCACAUUUCUGGCAACAUACCUAAGGAACUUGGGUCACUGACAAAAUUAGAGUCCCUUGAUCUAUCAGACAAUAGAUUGAAUGGGUCAAUCCCUACAUUUAUUGGAGAUUACAUGCACCUGUUUUACUUGAACCUGAGCAACAAUAAAUUUGGCCAAAAAAUUCCAAUGGAGAUAGGGGGAAUAACUCAUCUUACUGUACUCGAUUUGAGCCAUAAUCUUCUUGAUGGAGAAAUAACCCCUCAGUUAGCCAAUCUGAAGGACUUGGCAAACUUAGAUCUUUCCUACAAUAGAUUCUUUGGCCGCAUUCCUGAAGAAUUUGAAAGUUUGACUGGUUUGCAGGAAGUCGUCUUGUCGUACAAUCAAUUAGAAGGUCCAAUACCAUAUAAUGAAGCUUUUAUGCAUGCCUCAUUAGAAGGUAAUAAAGGUCUUUGUGGCAAUGUAACAGGAUUCCACCCGUGUGACAGUCCAUCUUCUCUGGUGAAGAAGCACUCAAUGGCGCAGGGACGUAAACUCAUUCUCAUCAUUGUACUACCUAUUAUGGGAGCACUAGUACUCGUCUGUGCUUUCAUUGGUGUUCGUCUCAUGUGUGGUCGAAGAAAAAUAGCUAGAGACAUUCAAAGACAGGAUGCCAUUGAUGUUGGUGAAGAUGAUGGUUUGCUUUCGAUAUCCAUGUUACAUGGAAGUGCAUUAUAUCGGGAUAUCUUAAACGCUACAGAGGUGUUUGAUGCAACAUUUUGCAUUGGGCAAGGAGGGUAUGGAAGUGUUUACAAGGUAUACCUUUCAUCACUAGGGAAUGUAGCAGUGAAGAGACUUCACUCUUCAUUUGAGAUUACAUAUCACAAAAGCUUCACGAAUGAGGUAAGGUCAUUGACAAUGAUUAAACAUCGGAACAUUGUGAAACUCUAUGGCUUUUGUUCAAAUGCACAACACUCGUUCUUAGUUUAUGAGUACGUGGAGAGGGGGAGUUUAUAUAGUGUUUUGAGCAAUGAAGUAGAGUCCAAGAAAUUGGAUUGGCUUAGAAGGGUGAAUAUCAUCAAAGGUGUUGCUUGUGCUUUAUCUUACAUGCAUCAUGAUUGCUCACUGCCGAUUGUUCAUCGAGACGUAUCAAGCAGUAAUGUUUUGCUUGAUGCCGAGUAUGAAGCUCGUGUUUCAGACUUUGGAAUAGCUAAGCUUCUCAAGCCAGACUCAUCCAACUGUACUAUGCUUGCAGGAACAUUUGGCUAUGUUGCACCAGAGCUUGCCUAUACACUGAAAGUUACAGAAAUGUGUGAUGUCUAUAGCUUUGGAGUAUUAGCUUUGGAGGUAAUCAAAGGAAAGCAUCUUGGAGAAUACAUCACUCUGCUAGCAAGCUCAUCGACCAGAGAUGUGCAGCUUAGUGAUUUGCUAGAUGAACGCCUUCCGUAUCCUGAAAAUGAAGUAAAAGAGGUUUUGAUUUUUAUCAUCAAGCUAGCAAGUUCUUGUUUGCUUAAAACUCCAAAAUCAAGGCCAACAAUGUACUUCAUCUCUCAUAUGUUAUCAAUGGAUCCACCUAUUUAUCAGACAACCCCCAUGUAAGGUGACCUAUAUACUCCCCAAGAUGUAAAGGUGUCUUUCCAUGAAAUAGAAUAAGCUUCGAUACCAAGUGGUUGUGAAGUAAGUAAUUUAAGGUGCUUAUCUUGUUUAGUGUUUCAUCCUGAAGGAUUCCAUGCCCUUGUACUAGUGUGUGUACAAUAUCAUAUAAGGUUAUUUAUUUAAUUUCCU